AUGGAGGUGCAGUUAGGGCUAGGGAGGGUCUACCCCCGGCCGCCUUCCAAGACCUAUCGAGGAGCUUUCCAGAACCUGUUCCAGAGCGUGCGCGAAGUAAUUCAGAACCCGGGCCCCAGGCACCCUGAGGCCACGAGCGCAGCACCUCCCGGUGCCCGUUUGCAGCAGCAGCAGCAGCAGCAGCAGCAGCAGCAGCACCAGGAAACCAGUCCUCGGCGGCAGCAGCAGCAGCAGCCUGAGGAUGGCUCUCCUCAAGACCACAGCAGAGGCUCCACAGGCUACCUGGCCCUGGAUGAGGAACAGCAGCCUUCACAACACCAAUCAGCGCCCAAGGGCCAUCCAGAGAGUGGCUGCGUUCCAGAGCCUGGAGCUGCUUCAGCCACCGGCAAGGGGCUGCAGCAGCAGCAGCCAGCACCACCGGACGAGGAUGACUCAGCUGCCCCAUCCACGUUGUCCCUGCUGGGCCCCACUUUCCCGGGCUUAAGUAGCUGUUCUACCGAUCUUAAAGACAUCCUGAGCGAGGCCGGCACCAUGCAACUCCUUCAGCGGCAGCGGCAGCGGCAGCAGCAACGACAGCAGCAGCAGCAGCAGCAGCAGCAGCAGCAGCAGCAGCAGGAGGUGGUGUCCGAAGGCGGCAGCAGUGGGAGAGCAAGGGAGGCCGCUGGUGCUCCCACCUCCUCCAAGGACAGUUACCUAGGGGGCAGUUCAACCAUCUCAGACAGCGCCAAGGAGUUGUGUAAGGCAGUGUCAGUGUCCAUGGGCUUGGGUGUGGAGGCAUUGGAACAUCUGAGUCCUGGGGAGCAGCUUCGGGGAGAUUGCAUGUAUGCCCCACUCCUGGGAGGUCCACCCCCUGUGUGUCCUUGCGCCCCGCUGACCGAAUGCAAAGGUUCUGUGCUGGAUGACGGCCCAAACAAGGGCACCGAAGAAACUGCUGAGUAUUCCCCUUUCAAGACAGGUUAUGCCAAAGGGUUGGACGGCGACAGCCUGGGCUGUUCUGGCAGCAGUGAGGCAGGGGGCUCUGGAACACUUGAGAUCCCCUCCACCCUUUCUCUCUACAAGUCUGGGACACUAGAUGAAGCGGCAGCUUAUCAGAGUCGCGACUACUACAACUUUCAGCUCUCCCUGGCCGGGCCGCCGCCCCCUCCGCCCCCUCCCCAUCCUCAUGCCCGAAUCAAGCUGGAAAACCCUCUGGACUAUGGUAGUGCCUGGGCGGCCGCAGCUGCACAAUGCCGCUACGGGGACCUGGCGAGCCUUCAUAGCGGGGGUGCAGCGGGACCUGGCUCAGGCUCACCCUCAGCCACCGCCUCCUCUUCCUGGCAUACUCUCUUCACAGCAGAAGAAGGCCAGCUGUAUGGGCCCUGUGGCGGGAGUGGAGGCGGUGGCACAGGCGAAUCAGGGUCUGUGACCCCCUAUGGCUACACUCGGCCACAGCAGGGGUUGACAGGCCAGGAAGGUGACUUUCCUCCACCUGAUGUAUGGUAUCCUGGCGGUGUUGUGAGCAGAAUGCCCUAUCCAAGUGCCAGUUGUGUCAAAAGCGAGAUGGGCCCCUGGAUGGAGAGCUACUCUGGACCCUAUGGGGACAUGCGUUUGGAGACUGCCAGGGACCAUGUCCUACCCAUUGACUAUUACUUUCCACCCCAGAAGACCUGCCUGAUCUGUGGAGAUGAAGCUUCAGGCUGUCACUAUGGAGCUCUCACUUGUGGAAGCUGCAAAGUGUUCUUUAAAAGAGCCGCUGAAGGAAAACAAAAGUACCUGUGUGCCAGCAGAAAUGAUUGCACCAUCGAUAAAUUCCGAAGGAAAAAUUGUCCAUCUUGUCGCCUACGGAAAUGCUAUGAGGCAGGGAUGACUCUGGGAGCCCGGAAGCUGAAGAAACUUGGUAAUCUGAAACUACAGGAGGAAGGGGAGACUUCCAAUGCCACCAGCCCCACUGAGGAGCCAACCCAGAAGCUGACUGUGUCACACAUUGAAGGCUAUGAGUGUCAGCCCAUCUUUCUGAAUGUUCUGGAAGCCAUUGAGCCAGGCGUGGUAUGUGCUGGACAUGACAACAACCAGCCUGACUCCUUUGCAGCCUUGCUCUCUAGCCUUAAUGAAUUGGGCGAAAGACAACUUGUACAUGUGGUCAAGUGGGCCAAGGCCCUGCCUGGCUUCCGCAACUUGCACGUGGAUGACCAGAUGGCAGUCAUUCAGUACUCCUGGAUGGGACUUAUGGUGUUUGCCAUGGGCUGGCGAUCUUUCACCAAUGUCAACUCCAGGAUGCUCUACUUCGCCCCUGACCUGGUUUUCAAUGAGUACCGCAUGCACAAGUCCCGGAUGUACAGCCAGUGUGUACGAAUGAGGCACCUCUCUCAAGAAUUUGGAUGGCUCCAAAUCACCCCCCAAGAGUUUUUGUGCAUGAAGGCACUGCUGCUAUUCAGCAUUAUUCCAGUGGAUGGGCUGAAAAAUCAAAAAUUCUUUGAUGAACUUCGAAUGAAUUACAUCAAGGAACUUGAUCGUAUCAUUGCUUGCAAGAGAAAAAAUCCCACAUCCUGCUCAAGGCGCUUCUACCAGCUCACCAAGCUCCUGGACUCUGUGCAACCUAUUGCACGAGAGCUGCAUCAGUUCACUUUUGACCUGCUAAUCAAGUCCCACAUGGUGAGCGUGGACUUUCCAGAAAUGAUGGCAGAAAUCAUCUCUGUGCAAGUCCCCAAGAUUCUUUCUGGGAAAGUCAAGCCCAUCUAUUUCCACACACAGUGAAGCUUUGGAAGCCCCCAUAUUCUCACCGUACCCCACUCCCCUUUUCAGAUAUCUUUUGCCUGUUACAACUCUGCACUACUUCUCUGCAGUGCCUUGGGGAAUUUCCUCUUUUGAUGUUCAGUAUGUCAUGAAGAUGUUCCUGAGUUCUAUUUGCUGCACUUUUUCCCCCUAUUUUCCUCCUUUCUUUUUUUCCCCUUCCUAUCUGACCCUCCCAUGGCUCUUUCAGACUCUGCUCCCUGCCAUGGCUCUUAUCUAUGUUUUGAAUGGUGUUGUAUUUCUUUAAAUCUGUGGUGAUCCUCA